AACUCCCUGAAAAUAAGGCGAGUUUCCUCCACCCUGUCCAGGUGCAUACCAGGGCAGCAUCAGCACGAGGCAGCUGCCCGGGCACAGUGUUUACGUCGCGGCGCACGCAACCUGUUGUGCGGGGACUAUCGACCGGGGCGAGGCAGUCCCGACCGCACCGCGCCCGGCGACGCGCGUGUAGACAUGCAGGUGCCAGGCACCCUGCUCUAAACACAACAUCAGGAUGCACGCCGUGGGCCUCCACUCCGCGCUCGCCAUCCGCCGCGAGCGCAAGCGCCGCGCCGAGCAGCAGCGCGCCAAGGAGCGCCGCUACUCCCUGCAGUCCACCGAGUCCGGCGUCACCUCGCCGCACUGCUCCACCGGCAGCCUCGAGCGGCGCCGCUUCAAGAACACUCGCACCAGCGAGAAUGAAGUCGUCUCCUCCGUGGGCAUGCUCCAUCUCGGAGUCGUGUUCCUCGUCCUCUCCUUCUUCCUCAUCGGCUCAGGUUUACUUCCCGAUGACGUCACGUCCUGGAGCACCAUCGGCUCCGGCAAUUGGUUUAACGAGCUAGUGUGGUCCGGAUUGUUCGCGCUCGGGAUAGGAAUAUUCUUGAUCGUGCUACACAAAUACUUGACUAAGAGCGAGGAGCAGGCGCUGGAGGAGUACGUGCAGCGUCAGCUGACGCGAUCGCGAUCAGGUCACCGGCUAGAGAGAGAUACGGAGACGGGAGGUCAUACGACAAAACACGCGCGGCGAGCGCGCGCCGCUGAAGCCCUACCUGAAACCAUUACAGAGACCUAUACCGAGCCACCGCCGGACCGAGUGCACGGCUUCGUCAACGCACUAGCCCUCAACGGCGACGCUCUCAGAGAGUCUCCGCUCGAGCAGAUAGUAGAGGAGGAAUGCUCCUUGGCUUCAGAGAGUGAGAAGCGACUGGGCAAGUUCAACCGCGACACGUACUCGACGCCGUCGGUGGCGCCGAGCCUCAGCCCCGGCUCGCCCUCCGACACGCGCGAGCUGCUGGCCGACGGCCGGUACAUGAUCAUGUCGCGGAUGUGAACGACCACGCCUUCCCGGCUCUUUCGCAUUCUUAGUGCCACUUGAUUGUACCCUGACAAUUUACUUUGGUCCUUAAACUGGGUUUCAGUGCCGCUCGAUUCCUACGUUAAUCCGAUGACUUUUGAGGCGGGGCGCCGGUAGUGCGUCUAUCGAGGUCUUCUGCGGCGCCCGCGCCCCUCCCCGUGGUGUAUGUAAUGUUUCGGCGCUUGCGGCAGACUAUCAGUGGCGUUACUUAGAUCAACAGCUUCUCUAUUUUAUAUUUUAACAGACGGACCAACUCUCGGUAGAUUUUAGUGUUAAGUCGUAACGCGUUAUCCUCUUUUAAUUGCAGUUGGAAACUGAAAAAAAACGGUCGGAAACUAUGGGAGAAAACGAUCAUUAAGUCGAAUUGCAAUUCGAAGAGGUGAUAACGUAUUGUAUAUUUUAUCAAUUAUCUAUGGGAAUCCGUAUGUAUUGGCUUGAGACUGAUUGUUAAUAUACUGUACUUAUACCUGACGGUUUUAUACGAUAUUAAUUACUGUUUGUUUGCCUAUUACUUCACUGCUUACAGAAAAUACUUUGUAUUCUUGAUAUUGUAUUAGUUCUACUGUCAACUAUACCUGACGCGGCCAAUGACGAUCCGUAUGACAGUUCCUCGAAAU